GAUUGCGUGAAACCGCCAAAGAAAUUAACAAAAUAAUUUGUGACAACCUCCCAACCGAUGAGUGCAGCAUUGGUCCAAUAAUUUCGUAUGCUGUUGACACCCUUAAUCAUCAUCCACUCGACACAACCACAGACAACCAUUACAACUACGGCCAUUACACAAACCUCCCAGACGAAUUAAUCCUAAAAGAAGGGGCAAGAGUUAUGUUCCUAAACAACAAAUUAUUCGAUCACAACAUUUGCAACGGAACAGUCGGAAAAGAAACAAUCUACUUUGAUAUUAACGGAAAUCCAGCGUCAAGACACCAAUUUCCACUACAGAACGCUUUUGCCCUCACUAUCCAUAAAAUUCAAGGACUAAUCUUACCUCAUAUGACAAUAAAUGUCGAUCAAAAAAUAUUCGCAGAAGGGCAAGUCUACGUUGCGAUGAGUAGAGCUCCCAC